UUUAUUAGUAAAUAAACUACACUACAAUACAAUUAAACAAAUAAUAUAAAAAAACGAAUAAUAUUCCAGUUAAUCUUCUUACACUGUUCUUUCUUUUACAGUAUUUCAUAGUUAAUAAAAUAUUAUAUUGUUAAUAUAAACUUGAAAAAUACUGCAUAAUAUAAAUGCGUUUGAAAUGAUAUAGUAUAAACAAAAUCAUAAUGAUACAUAAAAUAAUACGUCAACAACAUAUUUUUCAAAAUAAAACAACUUUAUCUUUUAUACACACUAGCAUACAAAAUCAAAUAUCAUGGGGGAAAAAAAAUAAAAAAACAGAGAAAAGUAAAGUAUCUAACAUCAAGAAGUAUUGGUUUGAUAGAUACAUAAAUUAUAUUAAAAAUUAUGAACAAGUAUUGGAAAAAAAAUUCCCACGAACAAUGCAUGUGUAUCGUGUAUUUAGUAUUGGAACUAAAGAUUUAUUUAGAGAUGUAAAAGAGUAUUUGGUAAUACUGAAAAAACCGACUUCUUCUGAGGCUGAAAAUUUAACCGUUGAACAAUUACGAUUGACAUAUACAGUGCCCAGGGAUUUAAUAAAACUAUGUCCUGUUCUAUUAAUAUCAGCUGCUCCUUUUACAAAUUAUAUCAUUUUUCCUUUGGCAUAUCACUUUCCAAAACAACUUCUAACUUCCCAUUAUUGGACAUUACAACAAAGACUCGAUUUUAUGCUAUUGGACCAUAAGAAGCGAUUAAAACAUAACAGACCAUUAUUUAGAUGUAUGCAAGCAGAACUUCAUCGUAUUACAAAUCAAAAAUUGAAAAAACAAUGGAACGAUAUUAUUGCAUGCCUUGGUAGUGGCACACAUCCUCAAGUGGAAAAUAUUAUUGCUUGCUCUGAAUUAUUUGCUGGACCUCCCUAUUCAUUAAACAGCCUUAAAAGAAAACAUAUAAAAGAAUUGCUCGGUAUUCAUGAUAUAUCUUCUUGGACACUUUUUAAACAACAAAAAUUGAUAGAAAGAGGUAUGCUAAUAAAACGAAUGGAUCAAGCUAUACAAAAACAGGGUGGAAGUAUAAAAAUGCCAAACGACGAAAUACGCUGGGCACUUUCAUUUAGGGGUGUAAGUCCUGCAAAUAUGUCGAUAGAAAGUAUGAGAAAUUGGCUUGACCAGUGGUUUAUUAUGUCAAAUGCUGUUAAUGAAGAUACGAUCUCAUUAUUAUUACAUAGUCCAAUAUUAUUAGCAUAUAAUCAUCCUACUAACUGGAUUCUUAUAUACAGUUGAAAUAAACUUACUAAAUAUUAGUUGCUUUCUUAUUGUGUAAAAAUGUAUAGGUAUUACAAUAUUGAAGUAGCUAUUUAUGUCUAAAAUAUUUGUAUAAAUUAUUUCAUAUGACCAUGUUCGAGUUUACCAACUUUGUAUUCUUACGCAAAAAUGUAUUAUACGUUUAUAUACUAUAUUGUAAAUAUUGUAAGU